CAAAUUCAGACAAAUGAUGUCAAUGUUUAAAUGUUUUUCCCUACAGACAUCUACUCCCUGAGCUACAUCUACACUGCCCUGUCAAAGCCACUAGAAUUGCCUGGUAUCCAUGAGUUCACUGCCAUGGGUCUGAUGAACAACAGACAGAUUGAUUACUAUGACAGUGUGUCAAAGAAGAAGAUUCCCAAACAGGACUGGAUGAGGGCGACGCUGCCAGCAGACUACUGGGAAAAAGGCACUCAGUCACGCAAGAGCAAGGAGCAGUGGUUCAAAGUCAACGUCAACAUCUUGAUGAAGCGCAUGAGGCACAACAACACUGAUGUGCAUAUUCUUCAGUGGAAGGUUGGCUGUGAGAUUGACCAACAGAGUGACGGCACACUGAAAUUCAUAAAGGGCACCGACCAAUACAGCUACGAUGGAGACGACUUCCUUGCCUUUGAUGAUGACACUAUGCAGUGGGUGGCCCUAGUUGAUCAAGCUGAGCCGACUAAGAGGAAGUGGGACGGGGUGCAGAUCCUCAACACGUACACCAAGGGCUACCUGGAGAAGGACAAGGAAUUCAGUAGGGCUGAUUCCCCUACAAAGGUCUAUGCAUUUGCAAAAAAGGCCAAAACUGCAGGACAUGUCCGACUGACCUGCAUGGGCACAGGUUUCUAUCCCAGAGAUGUGUUUAUGCAUAUUAAGAAGAAUGGUGUUCCAUUGACCAAACAUGAUGGAGUGCAGUCUACAGGAGUCCUACCAAAUGAUGAUGACACCUACCAGAUCAGGAUGAGUGUGCAGAUCCCAGAGGCAGAUAAGGAAACUUAUGAAUGCUUUGUCAGCCAUAGAGCAUUGAAGGAGCCAAUUGUUGGAAAAUGGGAUGGAGAAUGUUGUGAUUGCAGUAGUUUCGGUGCUGUAGUCAUUGGGACAGUCAUCGCCAUUAUUGUAGUUCUGAUCUUGGUUUUGGUGGUCCUGUUUGUUCUGCACAGAAGAGGGACAAUUGUGAUUCCUGGCUUGAGAACUGGAGCUAAUGGCAAUGGAGCGGCUGUAAUGUGUGAAAAGGAAAUAGCAAGGUGGAUAGAUGACCAUUGGUGGCCAAACUUCCUGACCGGACCACGAAGGAACAUUAAUUCAUUUCAUAAUUUUAUAGGAUGGCUAUUGAUAACACUAUUCAGUUACACAGAUUCAUUCUCAUAAGCUAGUGAUGGAAAUUAUAAUUACUUUGUUGCAAUAUGCUAAAAACUGCAAUAACCAAGCACACAUCAGAAUCCUCAAAGAAAUGAUUAAUCACAAAAUCAAAAUUUGUCCAUGGCCAUCUCAGUCUCCAGACUUUAAUCCCAUUGAAAACCUGUGUUUGACUUGAAGAGGGCAGUCCAUAAGCGCAGACGAAGGAUAUCAAGGAACUGGAAUGAUUCUAUAUGGAGGAAUGGUCUAAGAUCCCUCCCGAUGUGAUCUCCAAUCUGAUAAAUAUUUUAGAAAAAGCCUCAGCGUUGUUAUCCUUGCAAGGGUAGAGUGAUGGAGUAUUGAAAAAUUGUCAACUUAUUUAUUGGCACCCAUCUUUUAAGAAUUUGGCUUUUACUAAACAAAAUCUCUCUUGAGUAAUUGUGUUUCAUUUAUUUUAUUGUGUUUUUUGCCCUUUGCCCUUUUUAUCAUUAUCAAGGGUGCCAAUAAUUAUGGACGUGAAUGUAUAUACUGCACUUUCUUCGGUUUGAUGCACUGAUGAGAAAUAAUUGCAAACUUUCCUCUGUAAAUAUAGGGCGGCAAGCUCACCUGAUCGGAAACAGUCCAAAGACACUGUGCCGAACAAGGCUGAGACGGGCAACACAGGCCAGGAGAGUCCAACACGACACCAAUUCCCUUUCUGUCGCCUCUGCAUCUGGAACACAAACCACACAGCGGUUACCACACGCCAGCCCAGGGCUAGGGUCGCUGUGGGAGGAGAGCUGAACAGAAACCUGAAAACAGAAAUUAUGCCUAUGUAUGUACACUGAUAGUCAAUCACUGUAUUCUUUACCUGCUGCCUAAUGAUAAACAGGAAACCAAACAAACCAACACUUCUGGUGAAUAGAGAAAACAGACUAUGCUUUGACUGAUACAGUGCAUUCAGAAAGCAUUCAGAACCCUUGACUUUAUCCACAUUUUGUUACAUUACAGCCUUAUUCUAAAAUUGAUUAAAUAUAUAUUUUUUUUCAAUCUACACACACUACGCCAUAAUGACAAAGCAAAAGCAGGUUUUAAU